UUUAGUUCAGGCCAGUGGCUUCAUUGAAGAGGGGAGUUGGGAAAACGUGAGAGGGCGAGCACCCGACCUUAUGGGAUAGACUGGGUGUGUUUAAUUUUUAGAUAAAUAAAUAUAUAUAUUCAUAUAUAUAUAAUACACCGCGAUUGUGUCCAUGUUGCUGAAUCCACCACCACCACCACAUCAAUGUACAUGUUGCUGAAUUCACCACGUCGCUAAAUGAAGUCAUGUUAACACGAGCAAAGGAUUAAUAUUUUGUUUGUUGUUCACGAAGUUACUAGUGCUGUGUCAACAACGUACGUCGAUCUUUUACGAAGAUCCAACUUUUCUCUGUGAACUUGGAGUUAAGUGCUGUCUAGUUGGGGUUUUUGUUUAACUGGUUCUGUGAAAACAUACAUUUUACAGUAUUUACAAGGAUCAAAAUAUUCUUUGAGAACUCUGAUUUGAGUUUAGUGCUGUCUAUGAUUUUAUUGUACUUGUGUGAAAACAUACAUCAAUAUUUAUAGAGAUCCAACUGGUCUUUGAUGACUCUACUUAGUGGCUAGUGUCGUCUUGGAUGUUAUGUUAGUUAUUCUGUGAAAACAUACAUCGAUACUUACAAGGAUCCAUCUUUUGUUUGAGAACUCACUUUGCAGUUUAGUGCUACUGGAGUUUCUAUUUUAUUGGUUCUGUGAAAACAUAUGUUUCCAGUGAUUCACGUUUUGGUACAGAACUAACUGGAUUAAAGUGCUGUGUAACAUAUUUUCUGCCUGCUGCCUACGUCAAAUAUUUUAGAGUCAAAUUUACUUUACAAAGGUACUUGGAUUUCUACUUCUGUGAAAAUAUACAUUUCAAGAUAUUAAACGUUUCCUAUAAAAUUCUGUUAGAAUUUUAGUUUUGCGAGAUUUUGUUUUACUAUUUCUGUAAAAACACACAUUGUUAUUUUGGCUUGACUGUCUUAUUUUCCAAAACAAUUACUCUUUUCAAUUAUAUUGGAUUAUUUCUAUUACUGCUACUGUCAAGACAUAGACCAGCAUUUUAGCAAAGAACAUUUGUCUUUAACAAAGUCUUGUAUCUGAUCCUCUUGUCUGAGGUGCAAUUACUGACCGCAGCUUUCUUAAAAUUCUACACAAAACCAGUGGACUUCCACAUCACCUGUCCUAUGAGAUUCGACGAGGUGACUGUCCGGGCAUUUAUUACAACGCUAACCUAACCGUAAGGAUGCCGACGUUGUACGAGAAAGUCGUCGACCUCGUGGUCAGACCGCCCACCCAGAGAACGGACUUCCAGUGUCAGGAGCUCGUGUCAUGGUUCCGGAACAAGGCGAAGAUUUUCCACAAUGUUAAGCCAGAUAUUGUGAAGUACGUCAUCAAAUAUUGUGACUUUGAAAGAAAACACUGCGAUGAUGUCAUUAUCAAACAAGGAGAAAGAGGAGACAAGUUAUAUGUGUGUCUCAAAGGAAAGGUUUCCAUUUACGUCAUCCACGACAAAGACAAUGAGAGUGACGUCAUUCAACAGGUAGAGAGCGCGUAUGCCAAGAAAAAGUUGGAUCGCGCGUUGCUGGGCCAGUAUGUUUGGACUUCAGGGGAGGGUCAAGCAUUCGGGGAGGUGGCUCUCAUCAAGGAGGACUGCAUCAGGACUGCGAGCGUCGUCGCUGAUGAGGACACAGAUCUGCUCGUGGUCGACCGCAACCUCUACAACCGGUCCGUGCGUGACGUCAUGGAACGAGAGUUCAACGAGAAGACGGAGUUUGUCGAGAAGAACCCGCUCUUCAGCACGUGGACGGUCAAACAGAGGCGCUACCUCUCCAUCAGCUUCAAGAAGGAGACCGUCCACUAUGGGUGUCCCAUCACGAGACAGGGUCAGCCCGCCAGCCAAAUCAGCUUCAUUUUGACGGGCGAAGUUGAAAUACAACUUGACCCAAAGGCAUAUGAAACACAGUUUCCAAACUGGUGGGCAGAAAUGAAAACUGUUUUACCGGAACUUGUCCAUGAAGGAGACAAGACUGUAGUGAGACCACCGCACGAGCAGCUGCAUCACAGACGAAGAGCGCACAAACCACGUCAGAUCUGCCUGCUAGGAGAAAAUGAACAUAUAGGUGCUUUGGAAAUGGUUCUAGGAUUAGAAGACUGUAUCGAAACUGCCACCGCCACGGGCACGUGCGAGUUCCUAGUGCUUCGGAAGGACCAAUAUGACCGGCUCUUCCGGCGGAAGUACGCCACUCAGUCGGUGAACAAACUGAAAGACGACCUAGCAAACAGACUUUGUCUUUACAUUCUUAAAACCAGCGUGGCAGAAGGCUCGUUUCUCAGAUAUCUAAAUAUGAAACUCGAAGAUCCGAGUAUCUUGAGGACAUUGAAGGAAAAUAAAAGUUACAGCAGCCCGAGACGUCAACGUCAGAUUCGUAACAAAAUGGCAGUCGACAAAACCAGAAACGAAACGAUCGCGGAGGUCUUAAAGCGCCUACACAUGCGUAGUGACAUGGCAACGUCACUUCCGGCUGAUGACAUGAGCGAGGUGGCCAUAUCCAAUAUGAACGGAAGACUUCGGACUUGGCGGGAGAAAACCGGUUUAGUGUUAACGAACGGAACCACGCCCGCCACGAUUAAGAAUAAAUAUACAUACAUGGAAAAUGACAUUGCAGAACACGAAUCUUGAGAACAAAUAGACUAAAUGUGAUGAGAACAAUACACGGGCAAUACCGUUAACUAGUUAGAACAGAGGGUUGCCAGACAGGGGCGGAUGCAGGAUCGUUUCUAGGGAAGGGGUGCCACGUUUCACAAAUGGCGCCUACGUUAUUCAGGGAUGGUGUACAAUGUGUAGAACAUGUACCCAUAGUAUCCUAAAGUACAGUAUCAGACAAUGUAAUAAUAGUAUAAUGUCCCUUGUGGUAUAAUCAUUCCCUGAAAGACCAAGCCGACCAAGAUAUUACAUGUCCCUCAUUAUACAAAAUAGUGUAUUCCUGGAAUAAGCACGUGAUUUUUUUUUUUUCAAGAACCCCCAGCACCUACCCCUGGAUCCGCGCCUGUCAGACUUUUUAAGAAACGGUAUAUACCCCUUGUCAGGUUACGAUAGUAGCUACGUAACCUUCCCCAAUUUUGAAAUAAAAAAACGGGUACAUCCAUACAAUUAACAUUCCACAACUUGUAUGUAAUGUCCGAUGUAUAAUAAUUAAAAGGACAGACCCUAGUUUUUAAACACUAAGCAUAUUUUUCACCUAGACCCUAGUUUCAACCCCUAAAAAUGGACAAUAAGUUUGAUUAAUGUACAAUCCUGUAACAAAUUUGGAUACAACAGAGUGAAACAAGAGUCUGUGACGUUGAAAUCCCUUUAAAACUAGACUAAAACGCGACUCCAUAGCGUUUAAAAAUAGACUAAAACGCUACUCCAUAACCGUUACUCGUCAGAACGUGUACGAAUUUGAUCAACAGUAAGUGACAGACCCCCAACAGUAAAAGUCUGGUUUGUUUAACGACAAUACUAGAACACAUUGAUUCAUUAAUCAUCGGCUAUUGGAUGUCAAACAUUUGGUAAUUUUGACAUAUAGUCAUCAUAGGAAAACCCGCUACAUUUUUUUCUAAUGCA